GAAACUAGCCAGAUCAGAUCGUGGGAGAUGGCGACAUUCCGUGUCGCCGAUGCGUCGGAGUACCUGGCCAUCACCGGCUGGGGCAUCCACGACGUCAAGCUCGCCAAGAAGGCGUGGGUCUUCGCGGGGCAGCAAUGCAAGAGGUUCAGCAUCUCGCCGGUGAACUACGAGUUCGAGGUGCACGCCAUGAGCGCCGAGAAGCUGCCCUUCAUCCUCCCCGCCGUCUUCACGAUCGGCCCCAGGAUCACGGCCACCGGCGCUGAGGAGUCAGACAGGAAGGACCUGGAGGCGCAGCUCCUCCUCUACGCCAAGCUCAUCGCCCCGCUGCACAGCUCGAGGAGCCACGUUCACGAGCUCGUCAAGGGCAUCAUCGAGGGCGAGACCCGCGUGCUGGCCGCGGAGCUGACCAUGGAGGAGAUCUUCAAGGGCACCAAGUCGUUCAAGGAGAAAGUCUUCACCCAGGUGCAGCUGGAGCUCAACCAGUUCGGGCUCAUCAUCUACAACGCCAACGUGAAGCAGCUGGUGGACGUGCCGGGGCACGAGUACUUCUCCUACCUCGGCCAGAAGACGCAGCAGGAUGCGGCGAACCAGGCCAAGGUGGACGUGGCGGAAGCUCGGAUGAAGGGAGAGGUUGGAGCCAAGGAGAGGGAGGGGCUGACGCGGCAGAACGCCGCCAAGGUGGAUGCCGAGACCAAGGUGCUCUCCGUGCGGCAGGUGGGUCAGGGGCUCAAGGAGGAGGCCAAGGUGAAGGCCGAGGUGCAGGUGUUCGAGAAUGCAAGAGAGGCGGACAUAGCCGCGGCCAAGGCCGAGCUUGCCAUGAAGAAGGCUGGGUGGGACAAGCAGGCCAAGGUGGCCGAGGUCGAGGCGUCCAAGGCCGUUGCCAUCCGCGAUGCCGAGCUCCAGAUGGAGGUCGAGCGUAAGAAUGCGCUGCGCCUGACCGAGAAGCUCAAGGCCGAGCAACUCAGCAAGGCCACAGUGCAGUACGAGACACAGGUUCAAGACUCAAAUGCGCAGCUCUACAGCAGGCAGAAGGCGGCAGAGGCGGCGCUCUUCGAGCAGAUGCGGACGGCGGAGGCGCGCAAGGCGCAGGCUGACGCGCACUUCUUCGAGCAGAAGAUGUCCGAGGACGCGAAGCUCUACGCGAAGCAGAAGGAGGCGGAGUCCGUGGCUCUGCUUGGCAGGGCCAAGACGGAGUACGUGGCGUCCAUGCUACAGGCGCUCGGCGGCAACUACUACGCUCUCAGGGACUACCUCAUGAUCGACGGCGGCAUGUACCCGGAGAUGGCGCGCAUCAACGCUGGCGCGGUCAACGGCAUGCAGCCCAAGAUCAGCAUCUGGACCAACGGCGGCGGCGCGGACGGCGCCGCAAAUGCCGGCGCAGAGGCCACCGCCGGCAGCGCGCUGCAGCAGGUUGCUGGGGUGUACAAGAUGCUCCCGCCGCUUCUUUCGACGGUGCACGAGCAAACUGGGAUGCUGCCGCCGGCGUGGAUGGGCGCUCUGCCCAAGGACGGCGCCGCCAAGUGA